AUGAAGCUAAUCCAACAACCCAUCCUUGCCCUAACCCUCCUCCUCCCAGCAACCAUAGCUGGCCUCCCAGCCUCGCGCCCUCCGACGGAAGAACUCCAGGCCCACAGGCCCAACUGGACCUUUGACCUAUUUCACAAGAAGCACUGCAUCGGCAAUACAGUCACCUAUGCGGGGCAAGGGUCCUCGGGCUGCCGCAGCAAUCUCGUGGAUGGAGGUGCAGAGGCUUUCAUCAACGUCAAUAUCGAUCCGAGCUGCAAGGUGAAAUUGUUCAGGGACAAGAAGUGUUCACGGCAUGCGAUGGUCGAAGAGAUCAAGACUCAAACUACUACAAAGUGCAAACCUAUCUCGCGGAAGAAGACAGCUCAGAGUUUUGAGGUAUCUUGUCAGCCAUAA